AUGACCCUCUGGUACAGCUUGAGCUUAUCUCUGCUCUAUUUCCCCUUCUACCACUGCCUCGCUCGCUGCUCUCGUACUUUUGCCCCGCCCUUCGGGACUGACUUCCCCGACUACACAAGGCCAGUGACUCAUAGUCCCGAAACCGGGGGAACCCUCUUCGCAAGAGACAAGUCAGGGUAUCAUGAUAGCCGAGGGUUGGCCAAUGCAACUCCCAUCAAUGCCAUUCUAUCGAGUGACGGCCGGAUGGUUACGUCCCGUUUGUUCCCGCCACUCGACCCCGGGAAAUUCUCGUGGGUGAUGACGGAUGUCGUUCAGUUAAGCUCUCCUGAUAACGGGGCUGCUACGGGGUACUUCGUGGUGAUUCUAUUGGUCCUGCAUCACAAUAGCGUCGAUCGUGAGAUGAUUGUGUCAUUAAUCGGUGGUGCUCUGUCGAUUCGCCUCUCUGAAACCGGUGGUCUUCGUCAUAAUCUUUGUGUCGAACCACGACAUGUGCUGAAGUCAUGGUGGGCUUAUCUGCGAGUUUCAUUGCCCAGUUAA